AUGGUGGAACCUCAGAUGCGAAGUGGUAGAAGGUUUAGAAAGCGUGGUGAGAAAAUAUUACACAGUAAAUAUAUUGUGAUCUGUGUUAUAUUUUUAACUAUUUCUGACUGUGCUCUGGUCAUAGGUGAACUUAUUCUUGAUCUUUACUCAGUUAAAAUUUCACUACAAGAGUCUGUGGGGAGAUCUAAUCGUUUUUUAAAUGGAUUAAAAUUGCGAUAUCCAGAUCAGUUCCAGGAGGACAGGAUGUUGAAUAUAGACUAUGUGAUGGAUCGGAUAUUAUCCGUUGAAAUAAACUGGGAUAACGUCGUUGAUUUUGGACGGCAAAAUUUAACGAAUAAUCUCUAUAGCAACUUUUUACCCAAUCAUACACGCCAUAAACGUUCGUCUCAGGAUUCAGUGGAGUAUUUGGUCCAUGAUCAGGAUGUGAAUGAAAAUGGAUCGUUGUUUAAACCUAUAUAUAAACACUCGGAGGAGGUUGGACACUCACGAGAGGAAUAUAUAGCUCAUUGUUUACAUUAUGCUAGUUUAUCUGUCCUGUCUAUUCUUCUUUUAGAGGUUGUGAAACCAGAAGUAGAAGCCAGACAUCAGAAAUGA